AUGAUGAACUCAGAAAAGGGAAAUCAAACGUCCAUCACAGAAUUCAUCCUCCUGGGAUUUGGGACUCUCCCUGAACUGGAAAUCCUUCUUUUCCUGCUGUUUCUAGUGAUCUACAUUGCAACCAUGGCCGGGAACAUCCUCAUCGUGGCACUAGUUGUGACUGAUCAACACCUUCACACACCCCUGUACUUCUUCCUGGGGAACUUGUCCUGCUUGGAGACUUGCUACACCUCGACCAUCCUGCCCAGCUUGCUGGCCAGUCUCCUGACUGCCCUGGUAAAAAUCUCCUGCAAUGAUCCUCAGAUGAUGGAAAUGUUGGCUUUAACAAUCAGCUUGAUUUUCUUACUGGUCCCAUUCCUACUUACUUCGAUGUCCUACAUCUACAUCAUUGCAACCAUCCUAAAAAUCCCUUCCAGCACUGGGAGGCAAAAGGCCUUUUCCACCUGCUCCUCCCACCUCAUUGUGGUGACCAUGUAUUAUGGAACUCUAUUGAUUGCCUAUAUGUUCCCCACAACCAACAAACUGAGAGACUUCAAGAAAGUUCUUUCUGUCUUCUACACUGUCCUGACUCCCUUGGUGAAUCCCCUCAUCUACAGCCUGAGAAACAAAGAGGUUAAGGAGGCCCUGAGGAAAGCUUGCAGGAAAUCCAUGUUUGGAUAAUGCUAACUGAUCACAAUCCUUAGGUUAAAAUAAAACAGAUAUGGCACGGGCUGUUUUGGGGCCUGAGCCAAAGCCUACUGUAGUCCAGGGUCGUGUUUCCAUUAGAUUCCUUGACCUUCAUGUCAUGCUCUUACAGAGUCACAGCUCAGGGAGAAAGUGGAGACAGACAGAUCCGAAAAAGAAUGGAGGCACAGGUUUUAAGAGAUCUAUGUGAGAUCCCACAAGAGGGUACUACUAAACUGGUGGGUGAUUUGAACUUGUGGUUGUUCUAAGUUCAGACAAUGAGAGAAGAUUGUGUUCAGUGACAGGGUGUGGGAAAAUGGACUCAGCCGGAAUGUUGAUCACCCAUUCAUUGUAGGGUGAGAUACUUCUAUACACACACACAUGCACAUACAAAAAUAUAAAACCUACAUUAUAAAAUAUUGAGAUGUAACAGCACUAUGGAACUCCAAUGUUAGACAACUGUAUAAUUAACUUUUGUUACUUAGUGUAUUUCAUCUCCAGGUUUCUUUCCAAAGGAACAGAAAAGUAAAAAGAAACUCUCUACCCUGUGCCACAGAACACAGGACACCAGUCCAGGCCACUUAUUUGCCCACUUCCAGCAACAAUUUAAGCCAGUUUUUCAGGAUACUUGGGCCCAGUGGGAUUUUCAAAAACAUCUGGGCACUUCGCCUGCUAGAUUGGGCCCUGCAGCCGAGUCAGGCAGGGGAAUGCCUAUCUUCCCUAGGUCUGGGCAUCACUCUGUGGCUUUGGCAUCCAAGUGCCUGAUGUGGGGCUGCAAGGGGCAUGUCCAGAGGCAGAGACAUAGAGGCCUACACCCCUUUUACUGCAAACAUUUGGCUGCCUAACGGGUUUGCCGGCAAUUGAGCAGGAUUUUGUGAAUCCCAGGAGGCUGGAUGCUGGGAUUCAGCCUAAAGAGGAAGCUUUGUGACUCUAGCUUUAGCUCCACAACCUUAUCCUCAUGUUAUAGCUGGGAAAUGAAGGCAAAAAGAGGUGAAGUUACCUGCCCAGAGUCACUCAGUGGGCAAGCGACAGGGACAGGGAAAGAAACCAACUAUCCACAGUCCUAGUCCAGAGCACUGUCUGCUCCACCAUGUCCAGUUGUAAUUGAUAAUGGGACCUAAAGGUGUUAGGUGCCCCACUCCCAUUCACUGUCCAUAGGAUUUGGGUGCCUAACAUCAGCCUCUUAUGGGAAAACCCAGCCUGUACAUUUAUAGCCAAACCAAUGCGCAGAGAAUUUCUUCCACUUUCAGGUGAUGUAUCCCACCAGUUUCUUCUCAUGUUUUACC